AGAGACUCGAGAAAUUUUACGGGAAAAGUGGUUUUGGUGACCGGAUCCAGUGCAGGGAUAGGCGCCGGUAUUGCAAAGCUAUUCUCAAUACUGGGUGCCAAUGUUGUGGUCACCGGAAGGAAUGUCUCACGAAUUCAAAGUGUGGGCAAAGAAGUGCAGGAAUUGUCACCAAAAAAGCUGAAGCCACUGGAAAUUGCAGCAGAUUUGCUGAAACCCACUCAACUCAAUAGACUCGCCAAACAAACCAUUGAGACAUUUGGCAAAUUAGAUGUGUUGGUGAAUAACGCCGGCAUAUAUCCGGCCGACAACAUCACCGAUACAUUCCUGUUGAGUGAAUGGGAGGACAUCUUUGAUACUAAUCUUAAGGCCUCCGUACGACUGGUCCAACAAUUACUGCCAGAACUGCGCAAAACUAAUGGCACUGUUAUAGACAUCUCUAGUGUUGCAGGACUUCAACCGACUGCCCCUCAGUUGGCGUACAGCACAUCCAAAGCGGCCGUACAUAUGAUGACUAGAGAUCUGGCCCUC